AGGAAAUCUUCAUGAGAAAAAUCGAACCUUUUACUUCAGUAAUAAAUAUCAUGAGUAGUAUUUUUUAACGUUGACUGAUUUGACUUAACUGCUGUCAUUGUGACAAACUGUUGUAGAAAAAUGCAGCAGGGUAUUUCCAAGCCCUCACUUCCUUUCGUACCUCGUCACUCGCGGCAGGACGACGGCUCUGAUUCCCCGAGUGGCUCGAGUUCCACACAAUCUAAUCGCUGUAACUUUCCACAACGCUAUCUGGUAUUUAUCAUGCUCGUCUUAGCCCUUGGUUUCGGCAGUGCCUUGAACAACAACCUAAUGAUACUGACAAUAUUUCAAAAUGAUACCGGUAAAGCUACAUACGCAUGCACCGUCCCUGAGAGGAACCUGAAGAACAUGACAAAUUCUUUUUUGGAUAUUUCGUUCGACUGGGACUUAAAUACCGAGAUCAUUUAUAUCAGUUGUUUCUACUGGACUUUUCCUUGGAGCAACCUGGUCAUGGGGUACUUCAGUGACCAGUUUGGAGGAAAGUAUUUGAUCAUGGUAGCAAUCAUGGGUGCUUCCGUCAGUAGCCUAUUUACGCCUUUGAUUUACAAGAAGACUCGACCGAAUUACCACCCGUUUUUCGCAUUAAGAGCAUUCAAUGGUUUUUGUCAAGGGUUCUUGCUCCCGUCACUCUUCUCAAUUUUGGUGUAUUGGACACCCAAAAACAUGCGAACCACGAUUGUGUGCAUUGGAUUGUCGACGAGUUCCUUCGGAUACAUGAUCAGUACAUUCGUGGGUGUCACUCUCAUGUGGUACUCUUACGAAUGGACUUCUAUUUACUACAUUUUCGGGUCAUUGGGAGUCAUCUGGUGUGCGGUGUGGCAUGUUUUCUGCUAUUCCAGACCUUAUCUUCACCCUUUCAUUACUGCCAGAGAAAAACGCUUUCUAACGGAAGAACUAGAAGACCAGCUGGUUUUUACUCAAAAGGAGGUACCUUGGAGGUCUAUCAUACGCAGUCGGCCCUUGUGGGCUCUAUUGAUAAAUCACGUUGGAAUCAUAUGGUGCACUUAUACUUUCGGAACACGAAUGCCCGACUACGUAAACGAAGUUUUAAAAGUCAGUUACGAACUUCAAACCUACUGGGGGCUCAUAAUGGUUUUUUCCGUAUUUGUGGCAACUAUCAUCUACGGUUGUUUCUCUGAUUGGUUGAUUGCUGAAAAACACAUCAACAUCACAGUGUUAAGGAAAUACAGCAUUGCCUUUACUACUCUCGGUUCUGUGUUUUUUGUAAUGAUGUUUGUUUUUAUUGCACGUUGCGACAGAGUUAAGUCAGACAUAACUCUUGCAGUUGCAAAUGCUUUUAUAAAUAUACAUAGUGCUAACCUGAUGACAAAUAAUAUGGAACUAGCGCCUAAUUUUGCUGGGAUUAUUACAUCACUCAGUACUAUUUUUGGAACAACUGUGGGAAUAUCAGGAGCUUUGAUUCUUCAAAUUUCUACUGUCAAUCGUACGCUAGAAGGGUGGAAUAUAUUUUUUGCUGUUACUGCUGUCAUUCUUUUUAUUGGAGGAUCAUCUUAUGUGUAUCUUGGAAGUGGACAAGUGCAGUUUUGGAACAAUCUUCAAGAAAGAGACUCUGAUACAGAAUCAAUUUAA